AUGAAGCCAUACCCCUUCCGAAAUCUGGACCAUGGGCAGCGAAUAUUUAACUACAGGCUAUCAAGGGCAAGGCGUACAGUUGAAAACGCAUUUGGAAUUUUGGCCAAUAGACUCCGUGUUUUCCUUUCCAACAUUGCACUGGAGCCUGAGAAAGUGACAACAGUUACACUAGCUGCACUCUGUGUGCACAACUUCCUGAGGAAGAAGGCGUCAGAUGUGUACCUGCCUUCAGCCUUUGCAGAUGUUGAAGAUGACAAUCACAACAUUGUUCCUGGAGCUUGGAGAAGGGAUGGAGAACUCCCCUCUGUGGCAGCAAGCAGUGCACGGAAUGCCACAACCGCCGCCAAAAAUCAGAGAGACAAUUUAAAGUUGCUUUCUGCAAAACCAAAUCCCAUAAAAUCUAGCAGCAAGAUAGAGAAAGAGUCACUCUAUCCAUUUAAAGACCUCAAGAAGCUUCAACAACGUCAGUAUCUGCAUGGAGAAAGUGACAGCAGCUCGACUGAGAGCCCUGAUGACAGUGAUGUUGAACCUGAGACACAUGCAAAUGUCACCAAGAAAAACAAAAAGGUUAGACUCGCUCCGGUAAUUGUCAAGAACAGAAGGACUGAAAUUGAAGUUGACAAUGAGGAGGAGUAUGAGGAGGAAGGCGAAAGAAGAACCCGCAUCGUAUCAAAAAUAAUUAAGAAAUAUGUUCCCUGUAAGACAUACCAGCCAGCUUUACCAGAGCAAGUAGACAAGUGGUCUAAGGAGUUACCAGAUGUGUACAAACAACCACGAAAAGUAUGGCAAUUUCUUCAACGUUUACAGAAGAUCUACAAUUUACAUCCAGUAGAUGGUGUGAUGAUUGUUAAUGUGAACUUGAGGGACAAGGAACAAAAGAGGAUAACUGAAAGUGUUGAAAACAGGGUAGGCGAGUCUCAAGAAAACACUGAGGCUGGAUGGGAAGCUGUACGAACAUUCUUGUUUGAACUGAAACCUGCAGAGGUUAAUUGGGCUAGAAUUACCUCAUGUAUGCAGAAGACUGGAGAAAUUGUUGCGGAGUUCGAAGAACGCUUCAGACAAACCUGGUUGGAACACUCCGGUGUAAAUGACAGUGAGGAUCUGGACAAGGACACUAGCAUGCCUCUGAAAACUGCUUUUGUAAAUGGACUGAAACGUGAAGUUUCAAAAGCACUCAAAAUCCGAUAUGACGACUGGGACAGCAUUGGAACAUCUUUUCAAAAGAUUGUUGAGUGGUCAGCAAAGAUUGAAAGAACACAGGAAGUCAAACUCAGAGCAUUGCGAUCGAAGAAUAUGUCAUACCACAGCAAGACAAUGUGGAAUGAGCAUAAAGAAAAUGAAGAUAAUAGACAGUCAAAAACUCAAGGAAGAUGCAGGUACUGCAACGAAGAAGGACACUGGGUCCGUGAUUGUAAGCUGCGUUUAAAACGUCAAAGUGAUGAUGAGGACAACCUGUUGAGGAGGUUUCAGCAGCUGACAGAUAAACAAAAACAGACUCUGCUAAACGCUGUUGAGCCGCAGGGAAACUGAAGAGCCUCUCUCUGCAGCACCAACUUGUGACAUCUCAUCCGACAACUGAUGGACUCCAUGUGUAUGCAAAAAUGACAAAUGAAGACACCACCCCAAAGGUAAAAGCAUACACAGAAGUCUCAACAACUGAAGCCAAAGAUGAUGUCCAAGUAGAAGGUGCUGCUAUACAAGCCGUAAAGGAGAGAGGUGCACAUACAGCGGCAUUAAGACAACUUCAACUUCAAGUUUUGCCAUGUAAACUUAUUCCAGAUGAAGCACCCAGAAAACAAAUGCCAUCAGUGAUGGAAGCUAAAACAAAACUGCAUAAUGACAAGCAAUGCAGUAAGGAUGACCACAAGGAAAUUGGACUAUGCCCUUUUGAACAUGUCAUUGGCCGGCCCCUGUCCAAAGAAAAUCUAACAUCUGACAGCCUUGCCCAAACUGAUGAAAGACUCAGCCUGGUAGAACACAAUGCCAA